CACACAUCGUCUGUUAACUUAACUGUGCCCUUUAAUCCAGAAGCCGGUGAAUCUGUGCUUAGCUGUACCGGGCUGGGCGAUAUGACUCUCUUCUACACACAUGCAGUCUUCCUCUUGGCUGGCCUGACGCUUGCCAGUCUUGUGGUUUCCGGUUGCCUGAUUUCCAUGACGCCCCCAUACGCACCUCCUGAAGCCCCUCGUCGACUUUGGCGCCAGUUAGCUCGCCUCUUAUUAGGAGGUCUACUGCCUGGGCUCGCUUACUUUGCUAAUCACUCUGAGGCCACUCGUGUUCAGUGGACUCCGCCGUUACGCGAGAGCUUCUCGUACCCUUUUUUUACUGCUCAGCAAGCCGCUCUUCUCGCUUGUCUGCUGUUUUGUUCAUCCUCUGAAAAGCAUCGAUUGGUCAUUUUUUAG